AUGAAGUCCAUAACGUGCAGCAUACUAGCAACAGCACUUACAGCUGCUGCUCAAGGUAUAGGGCUAGUAACUGAUGAUUUUCCAAUUGUGGAUCUGGGCUAUGCUCGGCACGCCCCUACGAAAAUCAACCAGACUACACUGAACAAAAUAUCAUACGCAACCUAUUCCAACAUUCGCUUCGCGCAGCCUCCCGUCGGUGCACUGCGUUUCCGGAAACCAAAAGUCCCUCCACCAUACGCCGAAGGAGUCCAAGAUGGCGUGAUAUCACAGAAUGAGACGAAUUGCAUACAGUCCGUACCAGGAUACUUCACGUCCUUACCAGGCUUGAAUGGAACCUCAUGGGGACAAGAAGACUGUCUGUUCCUGGAUGUCAUCGUGCCCGAAGGUGUAAAGCAAGGCUCCAGCGUGCCAGUGCUCCACUGGAUUUAUGGUGGUGGCUUUUUCUUCGGAGCUAAGGAUACUGGAGGAAAUCCGGCGGCGUUGUUCGAUCGCAUGACUGCAGACGACAAGUUUGUGAUUGUGGCAUCGAAUUACCGGCUUGGAGUCCUUGGCUGGAGUGCUGUAGAGGGAGAGUCUGGCAUAGAUGCGAAUGCAGGUUUGUACGACUCCCAGGCUGCGUUGGAAUGGACUCGCGAUAAUGUGCAUCGUUUUGGUGGGGACUCAAAUCAAGUCACGGUCAUGGGCCAAAGUGCGGGAAGUGGCAUUAUCGAGCAUUUGCUAGCCGCAACUAGCGAAGGCCAGAGACCAUCUUUUCAACAGGCUAUUCUCUCCUCUCCCGGCUAUCGCCCACAUGUCAAUCGCUCCAUCGAGACACUCGGCCUGUGGCGUGAAUUGUUGAAUCAAACCAAGUGCACCGAUUUCGACUGCGUUAAGAAACUACCAGAGACAACCAUCGCUGAAGCAAACCGGUAUCACUACCUCGAAGCUCCGUCUGGUGGAUUUCCUGGUUCCUCGAUCUCUUACGGGCCAGUCAUAGAUGGAGAUCUGGUCAAGGACCUUCCCGAACGCGUCCUGCAACAAAUUAGUCAGUUUUCACCAGCUCCACCGAGCUAUGUGAAACGAGUUAUUGCAGGUGAUAUGAAGAAAGAUGGAGCAGCUUCCACGAUCGGCGACUUCACUUCUUGGGCAGAGCAAGUUUCCGUGUUUGCACGAACGCCUUCGAAUGCGACCAUCUCAGCGAUCGAGAACCUCUACGGGCCAUUCAAUGGAUCCGGAUCAUCGUUUCGCGAGGAUGGGUCUGUCGAAAUGACUCCAUUCGAUACCUUCUCGGGGGACGUGAUCUUUGCUUGUCACUCCCAUUUCGUGGCCGAAGCCUUUGCUGCAUAUCGUGCAAGUGGUCACUGGCCAGGGCUGGACAGUGAAAGCUACCGCUACGAGAUGUCAAUCCAGCCGGCAGUACACGGCCAGGACAUCAGCUAUUACUUUUUUGAUGAGAUCGUGGCGGCCCUGGAUCCCACCGUAGAAGAAUCUGUUGCAACAGACUUGCAGCAAAAGUUUCGAGACUUUAUCAUGGGUCGAGAAAUGGAGGGUUGGCCCGAGUCUACCUCGAGUGGGGGCGAUGCUCGAGAUUGGCUGAACAUCACUGCAGAUGGCCUUGUUGCUGUCGAGCAGGCCGAUGAGGGUGAUCGUCGGAAAAAGUGCCGAGAGAUUGUCUCAUUGUACGGGAACGAGGCGGAUGGGUGGUGA